GGCGCGUGUUCCUGUACUGGUUCGGAUCGACGCCGGACAUAUGCGUGGUGGACUUCGCCAUGGCGAAGCAGGUGCUCGCGGACCGGACGGGGCUGUUCCCCCAAAACCGGAUGAACUCGAACCUUCUCCGGCUGCUCGGCGAGGGGCUCGUGCUGGCGAACGGCGACGACUGGCAGCGGCACAGGAAGGUGGUGCACCCGGCCUUCAACAUGGACAAGCUCAAGAUUAUGACAGCGACGAUGGCGGACUGUGCUCAGUCAAUGGUGUCCGGGUGGGAAGCGCAGCUACAGAGUCAGGGGAAGAAGGGGUGCCAUCAGGUGGAGAUUGAGCUGAGCGGCCAGUUUGAAGAGCUCACUGCAGAUGUGAUCUCUCACACGGCAUUCGGGAGUAGCUACAGGGAGGGCAAACAAGUGUUCGAGGCACUCAAGGAGUUGCAGUUCAUUGCCUUCUCAACACUUUUCAAUGUCCAAAUCCCAGGAUUCAGGUAUCUUCCAACCGAAAAGAACCGGAAGGUGUGGAAACUCGACAAGGAGGUGAGGAACACGCUCAUGCAAAUCAUCAAGAACAGGCUCGCCGCGAAGGACAAGGCGGGCUACGGGAACGAUCUCCUCGGACUGAUGCUGGAGGCCUGCGCGCCGGAGCGCGGCGGGGACCAACUUUUGAGCAUGGACGUGAUCAUCGACGAGUGCAAGACCUUCUUCUUCGCGGGGCAGGAGACCACAUCGCACCUGCUCAGCUGGACCAUGUUCCUGCUGAGCACGCACCCGGAGUGGCAGCAGAGGCUCAGGGAGGAGGUGCUGCGGGAGUGUGGCGGGAGGGACCAGGCUCCCACUCACGACAUGCUCAACAAGCUGAAGCUGGUGAGCCUGUUCCUUCUGGAGAUGCUGAGGCUGUACAGCCCCGUGCCGCUCAUCCGGAGGAGGACGAGGUCGCCGGUCGAGCUGGGCGGCAUCACGGUGCCCGAGGACACGAUCCUGACGAUACCGAUCGCGACGAUGCACCGUGACAAGGAGGUCUGGGGCGAAGACGCCAGCGAGUUCAACCCGCUGAGGUUCGACAGCAGCGGCGGCGCCACCAAGAAGGGGCCGAAGCACCUCAGCGCAUUGCUGGCCUUCUCCACGGGACCGAGGGCGUGCAUCGGGCAGAACUUCGCGAUGAUCGAGGCGAGGGCUGUGGUCGCCGCAAUCCUGCAGCGGUUCGCGCUGACGCUCUCGCCGGAGUACGUGCACGCGCCGACCGACGUGAUCACGCUGCGGCCAAAGUACGGGCUCCCCAUGAUUGUCACAAGUUUCGAUGCGUAGUGCGAAAUCUAUGGAACUUACUCUAUUGUUGAACACAGAUGUACACUA